AUGUCGUUUUCGUAUACCAGAACUUUAUUAUCAGGGUCAGUUAUCCCAACUUUGGAAGGAGAUAAAUUGAUCCUUCCACCUUUUAUUCUUGAAGAAUUGUUACGUGCAUCUAGUAGUAAUUCAUACGAUUUUUCGGAAGCACAACUCCCAUAUCCAAUUACUUUUCAGAUAUCUAAUCCCAGGACACAAUUAAUAACGCAUGGGG